AUGCAGGACAUUCUUGUUCUCCAGCAACGACUGCAACAAAAGCAUGAGCAAGAACAACAGAAGCAGGAAGAAACUGAGGACCAGCAAGCAAAAGAGAGCCACUUUGUUGACCAACGUUUUCCUAAUUGUUUUGACACUGACCAUGGAAAUGGAAGCAUCCUAAUUGAGUCUGAGAAAGACGGUAGGGACUCGGACCUGGCACCGGGCGCGGAGAAGCUGGUGGCGGGAAAGGCGCUGCCGGAGAAAGGGAAGCUGCUGCAGGCAGUGAUGGAAGCAGGGCCACUCCUGCAGACUCUUCUCCUGGCUGGACCUCUCCCUCAGUGGCAGCACCCGCCUCCUCGUGUCGACACCAUAGAGAUCCCUCCGGUGGCCAUUUCUCGCACUCCGCCGCUGACCUUUCUUCACCAUGACUCUUGUUUUAGUCACAAGAGAAGCCUACCACACUCUGAUCAUGAUUAUGUUUUUAACUCCAACACAAAGUACCAGAGGAUUCUCUACCAAGGCUGUAGUUCUUUUUAUUUUCUAUCUUUUAACCUAAAUUUCAUGUCAGCCAAUUCCUUUCAUACUGUAAAACGUCCAAAGGAUUCAGCAUGA